UAGGUUUAUCAGCUGAUCCGGGGUACCAGGGACUUUUCAGUAUAUUAACCCUGAUCACUCUCAGCUGAUUUCCCCCACGCCAACCUGCAGUUUUCCAAUUCUCUCCGGGUCGACGAGGUGGACCGAAGAACUUUAAACACAACUACGGAUGUUUUGACUGUCCCCGCAAAAGGACCCAAUAAUCCGUUAAGAAAGGAACAGUUCUCGUGAGGACCCCAGUUCCAGAAACAGGGCUUUAUGUGACACUAGACUCCAAAUGCAGCUGACCUUUUCUCCUGAAGUGAGUCAACCAGCCGGCAGAUCUGUCUCUCAGGGGGGCCUAAGACAGAGCAAGGUAAAUUUAGACCUGUCUCUCAGAUAUCUAUCUACAGAACAGUGGUUCUCAACCCGGGGUGCCUUAGCUCCCCAGGGGAUAUUUCGCAACGUCUGGAGACAUCUGUGGUUGUCACAACUGGAAGGGCAGCACUACUGGCAUCUGGUGAGUAUAGGUCAGGGAUGCUGGUCAACAUCUUCCAACGCAACAAAGAAUUCUCUCACCGAAAAGGUCGACAGUGGUGAGGCUGAGAAAGUCACCUACAAAAAAGGAAGGAAGGUUGGUCAACCGGGUUGUUUGGAUUUAGACAAGGCAUUGCCCUGGGUAUGGUGGGAGAAGUAAGAGGAACCUGGUGCUUCUGCAAACCUCAUGUCUCGGGUGGUUUAAGUAGUUAUGCUCCUCCCCUAACACCCCCAACUUUGUCUUUGCACUUGGAAACUCUAGGGCUGGCAGCCUGGAGCCUCUGGGACUCCAUGCUUCCUGAAGACCAUCUCUUCAUCUCAGAAGCCUCCGGACAUAGAUCACUCCAUGCAACCAAAAAAAGUUGAUGCUUUUGGGUCCAUCUCAGGCCGAUCGUGACACCUUUCACGCUCUGCUCUCUCCAACCGGACUUGUAGAUUUCAUCGUGGAGGAAGACUGAACAUGGUGUUUCCAAUGUGGACAUUGAAGAGACAGUCCCUUAUCCUUUUUAACAUAAUCCUAAUUUCCAAACUCCUUGGAGCUAGAUGGUUUCCCAAAACUCUGCCCUGUGAUGUCACUCUGGAUGCUCCAAAGGCCCAUGUGAUUGUGGACUGCACAGACAAGCAUUUGACAGAAAUUCCUGAAGGUAUUCCUUCCAAUGCCACCAACCUCACCCUCACCAUCAACCACAUACCUGGUAUCUCUCCAGCUUCCUUCCACCAGCUGGACUAUCUGGUAGAGAUCGAUUUCAGAUGCAACUGUAUACCUAUUCGACUUGGGCCAAAAGACAAUAUGUGUCCCAGGAGGCUUCAGAUUAAACCCAGAAGCUUUAGUAGACUCACUUACUUAAAAUCCCUUUAUCUGGAUGGAAACCAGCUUCUGGAAAUACCUGAGGGUCUUCCCCCCAACUUGCAGCUGCUGAGCCUUGAGGCCAACAGUAUCUUUUGUAUCAUGAAAAAUAACCUAACAGAACUGACCAACAUAGAAAAACUCUACUUGGGCCAAAACUGUUAUUUUCGCAAUCCUUGCAACGUUUCAUUUUUCAUAGAAAAAGAUGCUUUCCUGAGUCUGAAAAAUCUAAAAUUGCUCUCCCUAAAAGAUAACAAUAUCACAUACGUCCCCACUACAUUGCCAUCCACUUUAACAGAACUCCAUCUUUAUAACAACGCUAUUGCAAAAAUCCAAGAAGAUGAUUUUCAUAACCUCAAUCAACUGCAAAUUCUUGACCUAGGUGGAAACUGCCCUCGUUGUUACAAUGUCCCAUUUCCUUGUACACCCUGUGAGAAUAAUUCUCCCCUACAGAUCCACAUGAAGGCUUUUGAUGCAUUGACAGAAUUACAAGUUUUACGUCUAUACAGUAACUCUCUUCAGCAUGUGCCCCAAAGAUGGUUUAAAAACAUUAAAAAACUUAAGGAGCUAGAUCUUUCACAAAACUUCUUGGCCAAAGAAAUUGGGGAUGCCAAAUUUUUGCUUCUUCUUCACAACCUUGUCCAAUUGGAUCUGUCUUUCAAUUAUGAACUUCAGGUCUAUCGUGCAACUCUGAAUCUAUCGGAUGCAUUUUCUUCACUGAAAAACCUGAAAGUUUUACGGAUCAAAGGAUACGUCUUUAAGGAGCUGAGCAGCCAUAACCUCUCCCCGUUACGUAGUCUCUCCAAUCUUGAAGUUCUUGAUCUUGGCACUAACUUCAUAAAAAUCGCUGACCUCAGCAUAUUCGAACAAUUUAAAACAUUGAAAGUCAUAGAUCUUUCAAUGAAUAAAAUAUCACCUUCAGGAGAUUCAAGUGAAGUUGGCUUCUGCUCUAACACCAGAACUUCUGUAGAUGGUAAUGCACCUCAGGUCCUUGAAACAUUACAUUAUUUCAGAUAUGAUGAGUAUGCAAGGAGUUGCAGGUUCAAAAACAAAGAGACUCCCUCUUUCUUGCCUUUUAAUAAAGAUUGUUAUGUGUAUGGGCAGGCCUUGGACCUAAGUAGAAAUAAUAUAUUUUUUGUCAAGUCCUCUGAUUUUCAGCAUCUGUCUUUCCUCAAAUGCCUAAACUUGUCAGGAAAUACCAUUGGCCAAACUCUCAAUGGCAGUGAAUUUCAGCCUUUAGUGGAGUUGAAGUAUUUGGACUUCUCUAACAACCGGCUUGAUUUACUCUACUCAACAGCGUUUGAGGAGCUACGCAACCUGGAAAUUCUAGAUAUAAGUAGUAAUAGCCAUUACUUUCAAUCAGAAGGCAUUACUCACAUGCUAAACUUCACCAAGAACCUAAAAGUUCUGAAGAAACUCAUGAUGAACAACAAUGACAUCUCUAUGUCCACCAGCAGGACCAUGGAGAGUGAGUCUCUUAGAAUUCUGGAAUUCAGAGGAAAUCAUUUGGAUGUUUUAUGGAGAGAUGGUGAUAACAGGUACUUAAAAUUCUUCAAGAAUCUGCUAAACUUAGAGGAGUUAGACAUCUCUGAAAAUUCCCUGAGUUUCUUGCCUGCUGGAGUUUUUGAUGGCAUGCCUCCAAAACUAAAGACUCUCUCCUUGGUCAAAAAUGGGCUCAAGUCCUUCAACUGGGGAAGACUCCAGUAUCUGAAGAAUCUAGAAACUUUGGACCUCAGCUACAAUGAGCUGAAGAGUGUCCCUGAGAGAUUAUACAACUGUUCCAGAAGUCUCAAGAAACUGAUUCUCAAGUACAAUCAAAUCAGGCAUCUGACAAAGCAUUUUCUACAAGAUGCUUUCCAGUUGCGAUACCUGGACCUCAGCUCAAAUAAAAUCCAGAUUAUCCAGAAGACUAGCUUUCCAGAAAAUGUCCUCAACAAUCUGGAGAUGUUACUUUUGCAUCAUAAUCGGUUUCUGUGCACCUGUGAUGCUGUGUGGUUUGUCUGGUGGGUUAACCAUACAGAGGUGACUAUUCCUUACUUGGCCACAGAUGUGACUUGUGUGGGGCCAGGAGCACACAGGGGCCAGAGUGUGGUCUCUCUGGAUCUGUAUACCUGUGAGGUAGAUCUGACUAACCUGAUCCUGUUUUCACUUUCCGUAUCGGUGGCUCUUUCUCUGAUGGUGAUUACAACAGCAAACCACCUCUAUUUCUGGGAUGUGUGGUAUAGUUACCAUUUCUGUAAGGCCAAAAUGAAGGGGUAUCAGCGUCUGACAUCACUGGAUUCUUGCUACGAUGCCUUUGUUGUGUAUGACACUAAAGACCCAGCAGUGACAGAGUGGGUUUUGGAUGAGCUGGUGGCCAAGUUGGAAGACCCAAGAGAGAAACAUUUUAAUCUGUGUCUUGAGGAAAGGGAUUGGCUACCAGGGCAGCCAGUUCUGGAAAACCUUUCCCAGAGCAUCCAGCUUAGCAAAAAGACGGUGUUUGUGAUGACAAACAAGUAUGCAAAGACUGAGAACUUUAAGAUCGCAUUUUACUUAUCCCAUCAGAGGCUCAUGGAUGAAAAAGUAGACGUAAUCAUCUUGAUAUUCCUUGAGAAGCCCCUUCAGAAAUCCAAGUUCCUCCAGCUCCGGAAGAGGCUGUGUAAGAGUUCCGUCCUUGAGUGGCCGACAAACCCACAGGCCCACCCGUACUUCUGGCAGUGUCUGAAAAAUGCCCUGGCCACAGACAAUCACGUGACCUAUAGUCAGGUGUUCAAAGAGACGGUCUAGCCCUUCUUUGCCAAGCGUGACUGCCUGACCUACCAAGGAAAAGCUUGGCUGUCUAGAUUGUCCCAUGAAUGCCUCACUAAAAGGGUGUUGUUAAAGUCUCCAAGACCUGGGAUUGUCCACAUCAGAGAGGAGAGUCACAGUGUAUGACAAAGGAAUUGGAAAAAUGGAAUUUCUAUAAUGCAUCACAUCAUCUUUCCGAUCUCUCUGUGACUCCAUUGGCACUUGAGUCUCCCCUUUCUGUUUCUGUAUAAGACACGACUGGGAGAAGGGCGGCAAGGAGAGGACAUAAGGCUCUGAUUCUCCUGUAAUUCUUUUGUGAUUAUUAAAUACACACGCAAUCACGAAAUUCAGAGGAAUCGUGCUUCUACUCCUAAGAAGUACCGCUAUGUAUGGAAAUAGGGUAAAAGAUGCUCAGGGCCUACGUGUAUGACAUCACAAUGUACUAGAGUUAGUGAAAUGAAAACACAGGGAACGCAGCUGAUUGCUUCUGCAUCACCUAGUGCCCCCUUCUGCACAGAUCGACUGUUGCCCUCUCUAGAACCAGGCGGCACAGGCACUCUGACCCUGGAUGUCUGUCCUUUGGAACUGUGAGAAAAAAGUGUUAAGUCAUCCAGUUUAUGAUAUUUUGUUAUACAGCAUCCUGAGCGGACUCAAACAAAGAUCUUCAUCUGCAUUACAAAAGGACUAUAGCCAAAGUAAAAUUGCCUCAUCCAAUGGUCUUUGAAACUGCUUUGCUAACUAAUAUCGUAUAUCUGUAAUUAUCUGCCAACUUGAUCCAUCAACAUUAGGUGGUUUUUAUUAUUAUUAUUAUUUUUAACAUUGGAUGGUUUUGAUGGUAAACUCUGAAGGAGGACCCCCAAGAACAUUUAUUUAUUUAUAGUUAUCAGGCAGGGAUGACAAUUCUUUGGAUUCCUUUAAAUUGCAUGGGGGAGGAGAAGCCAAGGUUUACAGACCUCAGCACUCAGAAAGCUUCAGUCUUGAACCCCAGCUUUCGCCCUCAAUGGCAGCAAUAGAAAGGACCAAGACAUUCUGAAGACACAUAUACUUUCAACUGGGUAUAAAGCCACAUGAGCUCAAAGUUUGAAACCUGAUCACUUUGCUUUAUUUCAGGAAAACAAUGACCUACUGAGGUGUCUGUGCCCUUUGGAAAACAGUGUGCAUGGGUUCAAAUCUCAGAGCAUUAGUUGGGAGAUAUUGUAUUUUCCUCAUGUAUCAAAAUGCCAAGGGUUGUAAGUAUAGCUGUAAAUACACAGUAUAUGAAUUAUUUCCAAAGGACUUGUAAUCAAUAAGGGUCACAAAUUCCCAAAUUAAUCUCUGGAUGAGAUGAAUAAAGACAUAAGCUGCA